ACCAUUUGAGAGCAAGCAAGGACCGCAGCCGCUCGUCGGGGGAAAUGCCGAGACACAUUUAAAAACGAGAAACUUGUGGAAAUAGCGGAUUACUCUGAAAUUAUUCCGACUUGAAGAGAGACGUUUCGCUACAAUGAGAGCGUAAACUGGUUCACAGCUGAUUUGCAAAUAUUUUUCAAUUGAUAAACAGCUCAUCUGGUCACCAGAGAGAAUAACAACGUCCACAAACCAAUAUGUCGUCCAGUGAAGAGCCGUCUGGCACGGUCCUGCACCGGCUCAUCCAGGAGCAGCUUCGCUAUGGAAACCCCACAGACACUCGCACCUUACUGGCCAUCCAGCAGCAGGCCCUGCGCGGAGGCAGUGGAAGUAACAGUGGGCCCAGCAGUGGAGGAGACGCAGCCAGAAGCCCCCGCUCUUCCUUGGAAAGCCUCACCCAGGAGGAUACUCAGUUCCCACAGCUCUCCGCCAGGCAGGAGCCCCAGGGCCAGGAGCACCAGGGAGACUACCAGCACUCAGAAAGCAGCUACCAGCUCUACCAGCUGCACGGGGAGGAGCUGCCAACCUAUGAACAGGCCAAAGCACACUCUCAGUACCUGGCCUCUCACUGGGCCCCUACUGCACAGGUGACCACAGGCCCCAUCAAGCAGCUCCAUGAGGGAGCCCUCUUGAAUGAGGGAGUCUUCCAUGAGGAGGCAGAUCUGAUAGAGGUGAAGCGCGGCCAUGUGCGGUCGCUCAGCGAGCGCCUCAUGCAGAUGUCUCUGGAGAGGAACGAUGCAGGAGCCAAAGCCGAGGCCAUCAAGAGCUCCUCUCACAGCUACCCAGAGCUGGCUUACUACUCCCCACAAGGCCUGCAGAGCACGGGACUGAGCCAGGACAAGCGCAGCCCGCCACCAGAGUACUCAGCCCCCAUUCAGGGCCAAGGAUUUAUCCCUCACCAGGUCCAGGAGCCACUGCAGGCGCAACAGCACAGAUAUGCCCAGUCUGGCCAGUCACCUGAGGUAUCCUGCUACAGCACGUUCACCAACCUGCCCCCUGCUGGCCUGGAGGAGCCCAACCAGAUGGAGCUGCUGUUGAUGGAGAAUGAGAGAUUGCGACAGGAACUAGAAGCACACAGGGAGAAAACCGGCCGCAUCCAGAAGUUGGAGCAGGAGAUCCAGCGGAUUUCUGAGGCCUACGAGACACUGAUGCAGGGCAGCAGUAAGAGAGAGAACCUGGAGCAGACCCUGAGGAAGAGGCUGGUGGCUGAGAUCAGGAGGCUGCAGGACUUCAACAGAGACCUGAGAGAAAACCUAGAAAAUGCCAGAACACAUGUAGCAAAAGAAGUGGAGGCUGCGGACCACAACCAGCACAUUAUGGCUAAACUCCUUGAACAAAAUGAGGAGCAGAACUUCGAGCGGGAGCGUGUAGAGCGCGAGUUGCAGCGCCUGCGGGCCACAGCAGAGGAGCAGGGCCUCAGGGCAGAGCAGCUGGAGGAGGCCCUGGAAGCAGCUCGCGGUCGUGGUCGUCAGCUUGAGGAGGAGCUGAGGAGAAAGAGGGCUUAUGUGGAGAAGGUUGAACGGCUCCAGAGCGCCCUGGCCCAGCUCCAGGCCACCUGUGAGAAGAGAGAGAGCCUGGAGAUGAGGCUGAGAACAAGGCUAGAGCAGGAGCUGAGGAGUCUGAGGGCGCAGCAGAGGCAGUCCCAGCCACCAGGAGUGACAGUGAGCUCCCUCCAUGAACGUCUGCGAGAGCGUGAGGAGCGCAUCUUGGCCCUUGAGGCUGACAUGGUGCGCUGGGAGCAGAAGUACCUCGAGGAGAGCACCAUGAGGCAGUUUGCCAUGGAGGUGGCUGCCACUGCCGCUGCCCAGAGAGAUACCACCAUCAUAAACCAUUCCCCCUGCCACUCCUCCAACAACAGCUUCAAUGAGGACCUGCCAGCUGCUGACUACAGGAAUCAAGAGAUGGAGAACAGGAUCCGUGCUCUUUAUGCUCAGAUCUUGGAGAAAGAUGCUGUGAUCAAGAUUCUCCAACAGCGGCUGCACCAGGACCAAGGGAGGAAGGAUGGGCAGUGCCCCCGCACAAACCUCCUGAAGAGCACAGGGCCGCCUCUCCGACCAGCCUCCUCCACUCCCUCCAUCAACACUGCCAAGUGCACAACCAAGAGCAGAGGUAAAAGUCUUUCAGAUGAUCAAACGAUGCCAACCCGCCAGUUCUCUGCUCAGUCCGAACCUGGAACACUAAACCGGCAGGAGGAAGGAACCAAGACCAAGGAGUCUGCCAGUGCAACUAUGUUCAACAGUGACAAGGCAGCGCCUAAGAAGUUGCUAUUAAAUCCCUUCAGAGGGCUGGACGACUUGGAGUCUGAGGCAGUGGAAAUCUUCAUUUAAAUAACUGAGAGAUGGACUCUGGAUGUGAAAGAAAAGUAUCAAGAGUAUAGCAUCUCAGAAGCUGUGCGGAGUGCAAGUUGAUGUCAUUGACUUAAAGAAUGGAAAAAUAAGGGAUGCACGAGGCAGGAAUGUUGCAGAAAGAGUGGGCAAUGUGUGAAAAAUGGACUGCUUUCACAUUUUUGAGACAGAGCUGUGCUCUGCCUCAGUCUCUCUCACCCAGCUGGGCAGCUGCAGGCUGGCUGUCUGGCUGGGAGAGAAAAUGUGAAUCUUUUGAGGUACUUUGACAGUAUUGUGGAUUGUAACAGGGCAACAUGUUCUCAGAGAGUGUAUGCCAAAAUAUUUAUAUAAUUGCUGCUUUUUUUCCUCAUUUAUUAUUCCCCUUUCCUUCUCCCAAUCCAAGGAAUCAAGAAGCUUCACAUUUAUCUAAUCUUGUUUCCACAUUCCCCAAAUAUUAACUAAAGCCUCAAGCUCUUCUAGAUAAAUAUUCAAGACAAGGUUAUCUUUGUGCAUUCCCCUCCCCUCCAAAAAUGUGGCGUUAAUCUGAGUAAGAUCAUUCUGAUUACCCGGAACUUGUCUGUUGGGAAGAUACCCCUAUGCUGAAUUAAUCUGAACUCCCUAAAAAUACAAGAUACUGUUGACUCACUGGCCAUAUUCCCUGAGCCCCAGUAGCUGGCUCUAUCAAGGCUUAGCAAUAUGUGGACAGUGACAUGCAGAGUAAACACAAGACAAAAUGGUGUUUUAUUGCCAAACUGACAGACCUGGUGUCGUUUUUCAAUUUGGGAGGGUCAUGCAUCACCGUGUUGAUUUCAUCAUAUGUUUUUCUGAUUAUAUUUUCCUUCUUGGAAUAUGUUUGCAUGUGCGCGUGUGCGAGUGUGUUUCCUGAUAUGGUGGAUCUGCUGGUUUGGUCACCAUGGGGGAUAAAAGUUGAAAACUACAUUGUUUUGGUUUUUUGUUUACUGUGAGCUUUGAACUAACACAACAAGUUAAUUAUUAUUAUUAUUAUUAUUAUUAUUAUUAUUAUUAUUAUUAUAUAUUUUAUACAGAUGUUUGUAAUAUUUUAGAUAUAAUAGAGCUUUGAGCAGGAUGCCAAAGAUUUUAUGUAUGUUCGUUAUAAGUUAUGUGCAGACAAUCACGGUCAUGUCAAGCUGUAUCCCAACCAAGUGUUGACUUAAAGAGACAUUUCUGUGAACUUCUAACCAUAUGAAGGUUUUUAAAUUGAAUUCAUGCAACAUUUCAUAAACCAUUAAAAUAUUCUAAUAUAUAA